UACAGGUGUGGAAGAACCUCCUUCUCGGAUCCUGAGAAAUUUGGACUUUUUAGCAGUGUACUGCCUAAAAGAAUAGAAGGAAUUGAUGGUUGUAGCUUCUUUGCAAUUACUUCUGUGGCAUUCGUAGCUUUUUUUUUUCUGUGGUUUUAGAUCAAGAAACACCAUGAGCACAACUCAACGAAAGCGCCGUGGAGGAGCAGUUAAUUCUAGGCAAGCUCGGAAGCGGAACAGGCUGAUGGAUUCCACCGCAGGCAGAGCUUCAGAAGCAGAGCCAAUAGAACUGGAAGAAAGUGCUGGUGAAGAAGUUGUAGAUCUCACGUGUGAAUCUUCUGAGCCUGUAGUCGUUGAUCUAACUCGCAAUGAUUCUGUUGUGAUCGUUGAAGAGAAUCAACGACAAAGAAGAAAUCUCAGACUAAGAAGUCAGCGACAGUCAGACAGCUGUGUACUGAGUAGCGAUGAUGAAGAUGAAGCAAGAGAUAACGAUGUGUAUGUGGCAGAUCAAGUGUCUCGAGAAUUAGGACCACUGGAAGAUGAAACUGCAAGUUCAAAGCCGUCUGGUACUGUUAGUUGUCCGAUUUGCAUGGAUGGCUACUCAGAGAUUGUGCAAAGUGGACGACUCAUUGUGUCAACCAAAUGUGGCCAUGUCUUCUGCAGUCAGUGCCUCCGAGAUUCCCUUAGGAAUGCCAACUCUUGCCCAACGUGCAGGAAGAAACUCACUCACAGACAGUAUCAUCCCAUUUACAUAUGAAUGCUUCUGUUUCUCAGGACAGACUCAACUGGAUUUUUGGGGAAAAUGUCAUGUUUUCAGGGCUCCGAAGAUUGAAGGAGCAGCAAGUUGUGCACACAUCAAAACAAAAUAGAUUUUCUUG